UCUCGUAGAGUCGCGCGUUUUAAUGGUCGGUAAAUGUCGAUAUUGGGAAUAUUGAAUGAACUGUGGUUUCGAACAAUAGCUCCUGUACAACUGAAGAGUUAUUCUCUCGGACGGACUAGGAACUGAUAUCUUGAAACGUGGGACUAGUAGAUCGACAUGCCGACGAUUAAUCGCGCGCGCGACGAGUUGCUGUAAAGUAAACGAGUGCGAAUCGUCGUUACGGCACGUGCGUGGUGUUUCCACGACUGUCGGCGAAAUCAACAAUCCAAGGUCGUCGUGGUGGCGGUGAGAGCAAGGUCAUCAGGGUCGCGGAAUCGCGGGGAGAAUGUGGAGGAAGGACGCGACCAGGCUGGCCAGACUGAUCGUCGUCGCCACGCUGAUUUCCCUGACCGCCGCCGGAAGCUGCAGUUCCGCGAAGCUCUGUUGCCAAGGCAGGGACUCGGGCUGCGUCAUUCAGAAAGAAUCGCCGAACGCGAUUAUCGAGAGCCCGCGCGACAAGCCGUGCUACUGCGAUCACGCAUGUCUCAAACUCGCCGAUUGCUGCGACGACUUUAAGGAGACCUGCGGUGUCGUCGACUGCGUGGUGAGCGAAUGGAGUCCGUGGACUCUUUGCGAUAACGAAUGCGGAAGUGGCACUCAAAGGCGCAGCCGGGUGAUCGAGAUUGAGGAAAAGAAUGGCGGAAAGCACUGUCCGCACUUGGACCAGGAGAGGACGUGCCGCAGCUUCCAAAAAUGUCACGCUGGAAUUCGCUCGCAGCCACAUGCUAAAAGUGUGACGCUUCUUGAGAUUUUUCCGGGCGACGGCAACAGUACGGAUGUAAGGAUCAAGGAUAAGAUCAUCGAUAAAAGAGGCAGCUGCAUUCCUUUCACCAUAACGUGGAGUUCACGGGGUUGUGGCAAGUUUUUGGAAUUGCUCUCGCAAGGUUUGUCCAUUUGCGUGGAGCGUCCUGAUAACGAGAGUUUGGACAAAUACGUGGGCGUGAACAAGUGGAAGCUAUCGACUAAUAUUGCUGAUAGCAGCAAUCGGUACAGUCAAUCGACCAGUUCGAUCUGCCAUGGAAGAUGGUACGGCGAUUCAAAGCUGGUAGAUUGUCACGAUUGGCGAUGCGUCCGAAAAUCGACCCCGUACACCACGCAAUGGCUCCGACGCCGACGUCGCAGAGGAACAAAUAGUAACACCGUCGUCAGCAAUACGGAUAGAGUCAUGAGAAGGCGAAGAAGAGGUAGACGACGGAAGAGGAACAGAAGAAGAAGACGCGACGUCACUGUCGCGAAACGGUGAACGUUCUUCGGAAAUCUAUGUUCUCCGACAGCUUGUGAGUGUUAUCGGUGUUAGAAUCCCCUUCUCCUAUCUAUCAUUAUGCAGGAUAUAUCGUAAGAUGUUGAAGAUACCCCAAGAUGAGAUUCUUUGAGAAACUCGAUUUUAAUUUGACUAAGCAGUUGAUUUUUUCGUAACAAAAAUAUUGAGGCCUCAAUUUGAAAUUAUAAUUAAUUGAAGGCCGACACCACUUCGCAAAUUAAGCUUU